AGCCUCCCCCUCGAGCCCCCUCGCUUCCCGACGCUCCGUCCCCCCCGCCCGCCUUCUCCAGCCGCCGCCUUCCGCAGGCCGUGUCCACCAAGGAAAAGGAAUCGUAUCGUAUGUCCGCUCUCCAGAACCUCCACUCUUUCGACCCCUUUGCGCAUGCGAGUAAGGGGGACGAUCUGCUUCCUGCUGGCACUGAGGAUUAUACCCAUGUAAGAAUUCCACAGAGAAACGGCAGGAAGACUCUUACUGCGGUCCAAGGGAUCACUGAUGAUUACGAUAGAAAGAAACUAGUGAAGGCGUUUAAGAAGAAAUUUGCCUGCAGUCGUACUGUACCUGAGCAUCCAGAACAUGGAGAAGUAAUUCAGCUACCGGGUGACCAGCGCAAGAACAUAUGCCAGUUCCUCGUGGAGACUGGACUGGCUAAGGACGACCAGCUGAAGGUUCAUGGGUUUUAAGUGCGUUUGGCUCACUGAAGCUUACGUGAGGAUUUCCUUGCAAUGAGUAGAAUUUCCCUUCUGUCCCUUGUCACAAGUUUAAAAACCUCACAGCUUGUAUCAUGUAACCAUUUGGGGUCUGCUUUUAACUUGGACUAGGGUAACUCCUUCAUGCAAUAAACUGAAAAGAGCCAUGCUGUCUAGUCUUGAAGUCCCUCAUUUAAACAGAGGUCAAGCAGUAGGCACCUGGCAGUGUCCAGCCUGAAACAAAGCAGUAACAGUGAUGUGUCAGCCAAGUCCAGAGCCCCAAGAUCACAGACAGGCUAUGUCUGGCCAGAAGCUCCUCAGCAAUCCCUCUACAGUGUUCCCUGCUCUAAGAGAAUGUCACCACCUGAACAGCCCUCGGUGAAGCUGAGAGUGGAGGAUGGGGUAAGGCAGCAAUGGCAGCUGCACUGCUACA